AUGCCACGCGCUGCGCCUCGCCGGGCCCCCGCCGCCGCCCCCUGCUCGCACCGCUGCUGCCGGGCUCCGGAGUAAUAUGCUCACCCGAGUGAAGUCUGCCGUGGCCAAUUUCAUGGGCGGCAUCAUGGCUGGCAGCUCAGGCUCCGAGCACAGCGGCGGUGGCUGUGGAGGCUCGGACCUGCCCCUGCGCUUUCCCUACGGGCGACCCGAGUUCCUGGGGCUGUCUCAGGACGAGGUGGAGUGCAGCGCCGACCACAUCGCCCGCCCCAUCCUCAUCCUCAAGGAGACCCGGCGGCUGCCCUGGGCCACUGGCUACGCAGAGGUUAUCAAUGCUGGGAAGAGCACACACAAUGAAGACCAAGCCAGCUGUGAGGUGCUCACCGUGAAGAAGAAAGCAGGGGCCAUUACCUCAACUCCAAACAGGAACUCAGCUAAGAGACGGUCCUCCCUUCCCAACGGGGAGGGGCUGCAGCUGAAGGAGAACUCGGAAUCAGAAGGCAUGUCCUGCCACUACUGGUCGCUGUUCGACGGUCAUGCGGGGUCCGGGGCCGCCGUGGUGGCCUCCCGCCUGCUGCAGCACCACGUCACGGAGCAGCUGCAGGACAUCGUGGAGAUCCUGAAGAACUCGGCCGUGCUGCCGCCCACCUGCCUGGGCGAGGAGCCCGACCACGCGCCCGCCAACAGCCGGACUCUGACCCGGGCGGCCUCGCUCCGCNAGGGGUGGGCGCCCCCGGGCUCCCCCAGCACGCCCCCCACGCGCUUCUUCACCGAGAAGAAGAUCCCGCACGAGUGCCUCGUCAUCGGGGCUCUGGAAAGUGCGUUCAAGGAAAUGGACCUACAGAUAGAACGAGAGAGGAGUUCAUAUAAUAUAUCUGGUGGCUGCACAGCGCUCAUUGUGGUUUGCCUUCUGGGGAAGCUGUACGUGGCAAACGCUGGAGAUAGCAGGGCUAUAAUCAUCAGAAACGGAGAAAUCAUCCCCAUGUCUUCGGAAUUCACCCCCGAGACUGAGCGCCAGCGGCUUCAGUACCUGGCAUUCAUGCAGCCUCACUUGCUGGGAAAUGAGUUCACACAUUUGGAGUUUCCAAGGAGAGUACAGAGAAAGGAACUUGGAAAGAAGAUGCUCUACAGGGACUUUAAUAUGACAGGCUGGGCAUACAAAACCAUUGAGGAUGAUGACUUGAAGUUUCCCCUUAUAUAUGGAGAAGGAAAGAAGGCCCGAGUAAUGGCAACUAUUGGAGUGACCAGGGGACUUGGGGACCAUGAUCUGAAGGUGCAUGACUCCAACAUCUACAUAAAACCAUUCCUGUCUUCAGCUCCAGAGGUAAGAGUCUACGAUCUCUCCAGAUAUGAGCAUGGAGCCGAUGACGUGCUGAUCUUGGCCACUGACGGACUCUGGGAUGUUUUAUCGAAUGAAGAAGUGGCAGAAGCCAUCACUCAGUUUCUUCCUAACUGUGAUCCAGAUGACCCUCACAGGUACACACUGGCAGCUCAGGACCUGGUGAUGCGUGCCCGGGGUGUCCUGAAGGACAGAGGAUGGCGGAUAUCCAAUGACCGACUGGGCUCAGGAGACGACAUUUCUGUAUAUGUCAUUCCUUUAAUACACGGAAACAAACUGUCAUGAAAACGGCCCAGGGUUUUGGGAGGACAGAAGGGAAGAAAGAGGGGCUGCCUCUUGGCAGGGUGGGGCUGGGAAGUGCUCCAGCCAAGUUCCAGGUGAUGCCACCUCUUCCCAGCCCAGGUGGGGAGCUUGCUGCUCAGAGGCCUCUGGCUGUGCUACAGGAGGACCCUUGGGUUUCAGUUUCCUCUUUAGUAACAGGUCUCGAUACUCAACAAGAACAAAACAUAAAGGCUGCUA